AUGAUUCGUCUUAACACCACCCCCAUCGAGGAGAUUGUCGGGCCUGCCAUCGCCCAGGUGCUUCCCAAAUACGAAAAACCCUGGUGGAGAACCAAACACCUGCUCGUUCUCAACUGUCUGAUGCUAGUCCCACUGUUGUCGUCUGCCACCGCAGGCUACGAUGGAUCGCUGAUGAACGGUCUGCAAUCGCUGCAAGAGUGGCGGGACUUUUUUGGCAACCCGCACGGAACUAUGCUUGGAUUUAUUAACGCAGCGCAAAAUUGCGGCUGUCUGAUCGCGCUGCCAACGGUCGGAUGGCUCACCGACAGGAUCGGCAGAAAACCCGUUUUGAUCAGCGGUCUUUUUGGAAUCGUCGUCGCCACCAUCAUCCAAGCAACCGCCUUCACGAUGGCCCAGAUGAUCGUGGCGCGGUUUAUUGUGGGUGCCGCCGGUAUGUUUGCCGUGCAGCCUGUGUCGCUGCUGACUGCUGAGCUGGCGUAUCCGUCCUUCAGAGGAAAACUGACCUCGCUGUACUGGUGUAUGUGGUAUCUCGGUGCCAUCUUGGCGUCCUGGUCGUGUUACGGCACCUCGGGCCGCGGCGAUUCGUGGGCCUGGAGAAUACCCACCAUCUUGCAAGCCGGCUUCCCUUGUCUCCAACUUCUCUUCAUGUGGCUCGUUCCAGAGUCGCCUAGAUGGCUGGUCUCCAAGGGAAGAAUUUCUGAGGCUCGCGGCAUCCUCGUCAAGUACCACGCCAACGGUGACGACAAGCUGCCGCUGAUCGACGUCGAAAUGACAGAGAUCAUCCAGGCGCUCGACCUGGAGAAAGAGGCCGCCAAGUCCAGGUGGCUAGACCUUGUCAGGACGCCCGGAAACAGAAAAAGAACGUACAUCGCGCUCAGCGUCGGUGUCGGUGCGCAGUGGAAUGGAAUCGCCGUUGUUUCGUACUACCUCACGCUUGUUCUCGACACCAUCGGCAUCACCUCCUCCGAUAUGCAGUCGCUGAUCAACGGUCUGCUCCAAAUUUUCAAUCUCGUGGCUGCGGUGACAGGCGCCCUUGUGGUGGACAGAUUCGGCCGCAGAUCACUGUUUCUGUUCUCUGGCAUUGGCAUGCUGAUUUCGUACAUCAUCUGGACGGCGUGCUCUGCGAAGUUUUCUCAAACGGGCUCCAAACAGUACGGCCGUGCCGUUCUCGGGUUCAUCUUUAUCUAUUAUUUCCACUAUGACAUUGCGUACACGCCGCUGCUUCUGGCGUAUCCAACAGAGAUCUUCCCGUACCAUUUGCGUUCCAAGGGCAUCACCGUUGAACUGUUUGGUGUGUACAGUGCUCUGCUGAUUGCGGCGUUCUGCAACUCGAUCGCCAUGGACCGCAUUGGCUGGCGCUAUUACAUUGUGUUCUGCUGUAUUCUCGGUGCUCUCGUGGUCAACACCUAUGUGUUCUACCCGGAAACCAAGGGCUAUUCGCUGGAAGAGAUUGCGCGGGUGUUUGACGGCGAAGAUACCGUUGCGCUGGUGGACGAUGCCGAGUCGUUUAAGGCCAGAGCAGAGCAUCACGACACCGUCUAG